AUGUCAAUGGGUCUCAACCUAGGCUGCCCUGGCAAGCCAGCCACGGGGGUCCCCAGCACCAGCCCAGCCUCGCGGGGUGCGGCCCGAAAGCCGAGCCUCUGCAAGGCUCCCUGGGGGCCUCUGGCCACAAAAGCCCUCGCUGGGUACCCGGCCACGGUCGCCACCGGGGACCCGGGGAGGCCCACAGGAGGUUCAGGAAGGGGCCCCUGCCUCUGCCCCUUCCCCCUUCAUAACUGCAGACCCCCAGCGGCUCUGGAGAGGCCAGGCCCACCAUCCCCUCCCCAGGGCCCAGAGGACGCCCAGCCUCCUGACCUGACCACAGCCCCUGGGCACGCAGUCUUGCCAGGCAGCCCCUUCCUGCCUCCUUCGAGGUGCGGUCCCUGGUUUCCUGGAGCGGGGCAGGACGUGACGAUGACGACAACUGGGAUGUUCUUUGCCAACCUCGUCCUCCUUUCUGGUGGAGGCAGGGAGCCAGCAAGCCACGGGGAGGGCCUGCAUCAGAAUUCACCGUUUUCGACCCCUCACUGUCACCACCCCUCAAGUGGCUGCCAGGGUGACCUCUCUGCUGGUGGUGUGCUGACGUGCCUGGAAUUCCAGAGUUGCUGUGAAGAUUAUUUCAAGGUAAAGACUUUUGAGAUUGGACAGGUGCAAAAAGAAGUCUUCUCAGAGCUUCCCUCAUCGGACUAA